GGGGGGGGGGAGGGGUUGUGCGCUCACAAACAUUUCUAACACCGCCACAUUCUUUGUGUGCCUGUCCCAAGCCAGGAGCCUGUAGUUAAGUGGUUGUCGUUGGUUCACGUCCGGCAUAUUUGUUUUUUUCGUAAAUUGUUUUGUUAUAAAUUAGGCCGUUAGCUUUCUCAAUUGAAUUGUUUCAUAUUUUUCAUGUUGGGGCCUUUUACAGCCGACUAUAUGGCAUGGGUUUUUCUCAUUGUUGAAGGUUGUACGGUUGCCUAUAAUUGCUUACAUACACUUCAUUUGAACUUUGGUGAAUAGUAGUCUCAUUGGCAAUCAUACCACAUCUCCUUAUUUUUAUAUGAAGCUGGAAAUUGUUUUAUAAUAAGGAAACAUAUACAUUUUAUCAUUUACUUUUCAUCUUAGCAAUUUACUUUUCUUUUUAGUUCCGCAUUUCAGCACGUUAAACUGAGAUGACUUCUUGUCGUCAGCUAUGGGAUGUCAAAAUUAAUUAUGAUAAAGCAUAAUAAACAUAUACUUGAUUGGUUUUUUUUUAUAAAUGAUAAUUCAGUAGUUACAUAUGUAGGAUACCAAUGUAAAGUCGGACCAGAGACGGAAAAAAAUAACCAACCCAUCUGCCAACCAGAUAGGUAAAAACAAGAAAAAGGAUACAAAAGCUGCACAGGUCGUAGAACUCCAUUUAGGAACAACAGUGCUACCACUUAAAGAUGCUCGUGCUGUAUUAAGUCUGAUAGAACAGUUGAAAACCGACCAGAAAUAUUCCGCCACACUGGGUUUUUUGUCAGAUUUGUUCCGGAAGUUGAAUACGUUGGAAGAUGGACAAUUCUCCAGAAUAGAGAUUGACAUGACAGUUAGACAAUACCAAGACUAUACCGAUGGAUUUCAAUACAGACUUACUGUAAAACCAGUGGGUUACUGUUUAUUGAUAACGAAUAGUGAAUUUUAUCAAGUUCCGGGAUGCCCAAUCAGUAAAAAAAUGCCUAACAGACCAGGUGUGGAAGGCGAUGCCAAGCGACUAGAGGGACUUAUGUCAACGAUUGGUUAUAAAGUAAUUAGAAAGGAUAAUCUGAAGAAAUGGGAGAUUGAGCGUGAAAUGAAAGCUAUGGCAGAAGCUGAUCAGAAGAAAUUCGACUGUUUUGUUUGUAUUAUUUCAAGUCACGGGACAGCCAACAAAGUUUACGGCAGUGACGGAUAUGAUCUCAUGUUAGGUCCCCAGUUAAAAAGAUUCAGUGUGGAUACGUGUCCAGACCUUCAAGGAAAACCGAAAAUAUUUUUGUUUCAGGCGUGCAACAUAGAAACGGAAGAUAAGAUGCAAAAAACAUUGCAGCCCCUUAUAAAUGAGACGGACUUUCUGUAUGGUUUUUCGACACUGCCGGGCCAUCUAGCAUACAACCCAAAAGACGGGGAAAAGACUGGAUCAUAUUACCUCUACUCACUAUAUAAACAUCUCAGUGAUAAAUACAAAGCGUGCGAUUUGGUUGCAAUUCUUGAGGACAUGAAUAGAGAAUUGGCAGAAAAGAAGUCAGAACUUAGACCUAAUGAUUUAGGAUCCGUAACAAUGUUUGUUGAUUGUCUCAGAGGUCAUUUAUUUUUUCAGUGAACUGGAAUUUUGAAAACGUAAAUAAAAACAAUCAAAAUUAA